UUGGAAGAAGAAAUAUUCGGGCGAGUGUGCUAAAAAAUAGGACAAGAGAUAGAUUUAGUCCUUUUACUUUGAAAUCGUGUACGCUAAUUAGUUGAAAAUAUAAAUAAACUAUUUGUGAGUUAAAGGAAAUUGUGUAAAGUGUGCGAUAAUGUAUGUUUUUGCUGUGCUUGCCUUUAAUUUCAUUCAAGGUGCGCUGUCCGCCAGUUCGAGCCUUAUACCCGGUGGUCAUUGCCGCGACUACAAUGGAAAACUCUACGAAACCGGCAUGCAUUAUAUGCCCGGUCCGGACUCGUGCCGCCUCUGCAUCUGCGAUAGUGGUCUACCGAAGGCUUGCAAAAUGGUGCUUUGUGAGGCGUUCAGCAAAUGCAAAUCAUUUCAAGUGGGAAACGGCAACAAUUGUUGCGAGGUUAUCUGCCUCGAUGAUCAGUUCACAGAUGGCAGCACUGACUUCGGCAUUUGACUGGUAGCUAGUGGCAUUACUGCCACACUUUCAUUGUCGUUACUCUUCUUUCUGGUAAAUCGUCUUCGACAGCGUAAGAUACGUGCACGCGAGAGUCGACAGAAUGCCGAAGAUCAGCGCAGUAUUGUCGGGAGUAUUGGCUAUAUAGCCGGCAAUAUGGGUUACAUGGAGGGCAAUAUGAGUGGCAUGGAUUAUUCCUAUGCCAGUGGCGCUUCACACUACCCACUUUGGAAGCCGGCUAGCGGUUAUUUUCCGCGCGGCGAAGCUCCACCACCAUAUGAAGAGGCUGUGGCUAUUUCCCAAGCGGAAGCUUUAAGUGCACAAUGUACAGUUAGUGUGGCACCGACAGCGCAUCGAGCAAUGGGUCUCAACAAUGCCUCUGUUGCACCGGUGGAGUUGACUACAGAAAUGCGACGCAAUAUGCAGCAGCAGCAACAACAACAGCAGCAGCAGCAGCAACAACAGCAACAAGCCUUGGCGCAACAGCAUGCGAUACAUUUGCAUCAGCCGACGUCCCAUCACAGUGUUGUUGGAGGUGUCAGUGGCAGCAGUGGGACCGUUUCUGGCAUGCCUAAUAGUAAUCAUCAUGUUGGUGCACUGACAUCUACCGCCCAGCCACAAAAUCAUCAACAAUCGCACAAUCAAAUAACUCAAAGUACAACCAACCUGAUUAAUAUUAAUAUCAAUAGUGGCGGCAACGUAACCACAAUCGCCACGGGCGAAAAUCACCAGCCACCAUAUAGCUUACAACACGAGGGUAGUGGAACGGUCUUGCAAGAGUCGCAGCACCAUCAACAGCUAACGCAGCCAUUACAGCAGCAGCAACAGUUAAUAAAUACCACUCACAUAGCCAAUAGCAGCGGUGGACGUCUUCACUUGACCACCGCCACACCCAGCAAUUCAAUAUGUGUACAAACUCUUACGGGAGGCGCUGGUGGCGGCGGCAAUACCGUCACAAAUUCAAGCAAUCAGCCAACUUCUCAAUCUAUACAAAUUGCUGGCACUGGGAAAUCGCUUCAUAAUCAGCAUCAGCAGCAUCAUCAUCAGCUUGUUGCAAAUGUCGCUUGCCAGGCAUUGCAACAGGCCAUGGCUUCUUCAGUUGGAUCGUCAUCAUCGACCAACAAUGAGUGCAGCUAUAAGAAUUGCCAUCUAAAUAUAAGCGCUAGCACUACAUCGGCAUCGGCUGUAGCUGGAACACAGCAGCGCCGCUCACAGCAUCGCACUACACUGCCCAUUCAAGCGACACAUGUUGCACACGAUAUGCUGCAGCAAUUUGUGACUGUUGCUGAUGUAGAAAUCAGCGGUGCCACCGUUGGUUAUCACUCACUGCCUAGUGGUAGCGGCAGCAUCGGUGGCAGCAGUAAUGAUAUGGAAUUGCUUACUGCUACUACGAUGCCAACAUCUUCCCAAUACGCUGGUUCACAUAUGGCUGGCGCCAUUUCCACGCCCAGUAUUGAUGUGUUGCCAUUGAUGAGCGGAGAAAUCGCCACAAUAUCCAGCAACACCAGCGACUCGAUCACACAAACUACAUUUAGCGCCGUGGCCGGGGCUCAUACGCUGCCCACAAAUGCACACACGCAAACGCUCAAAAGCGGUAGCAGCAGUGCCAACAGCCCUGGCAGUCAAAGUAGCAAAACUCCCUCCUCUUCCCGCCGUUACCACCGCACUAUACCGCGUUACUUCGCUCUCACCGAUCCGUUGAGUGCCAAAGAGGCCUAUGGCAUUGGUAAAAGUAAAUCAGAUAAUAGCACGCGUAAUAAUGCGGGCACUACAUCAUCGGCUAGCAAAAAACCCACUUGUCAGUGUCCGGUGCAACAUGUGCCCAUGUCAUAUAUGGCAGCUACCCAGCUGAGCAAUGCUGCACAAUGUGCCAGCAGUAGCGCACUUCUCUCGGCAUUGAGUAGCAAAUUGAACGCCGUCAGUCAGUCAUCAGCCGCAUCCCAAACAUCAUCAGCGUCAUCGACAUUAGUCUCAUCGCAUGGCAACAGCAGCUCGGGUCGUUCCAACACUGCCACUUCGUUGGGUUACUCGCAACGUGCAAAAUCCUCCAAUAGUCUACAGCAAACUUCUGCGAGCGAAGUCAACAGCCUUGGCGGCACUUUGAAGCGUGCAAUGCAUACCACCAGUACCAACACCAAUACAAGUAACAACGCUAGUAACAAAAACAACAACACCAAUAAUAAUGCUAGCUCACUAUGCAGCUAUGAAACGAAAAUUGCUACCAUUUCCAAACAAGUUGGCGAUAGCACAGCUGCAAAUCUGACCACCAUGCCCAUCAUUCGCACAGCGUUGUUGUAUUGCCGACACAGGCGCAGGACGAGAGUAUGCCCAUAGUAUUGGGACGGGUGCAAAAGCGAUCCAGUGGUGAGCGCGAAAGGGAGCGGGAGAGAGAAAGGGAGCGUGAACGUGAGCGCGAACGUGCGCGUAGUGCUAGUAGUGGUCGCGGUAGCAGUAAUAGUAGUACACACCAAUUGGAGAGUAGCGCGGCGGCAUUUUAUUUGAACGG